CUUUAUCACGGGGGCGCGGAUUUUCCUCGCACUCAGUCAUGACACCGCGAACACACGCUGCAGAUUAAUGAAAUAACGAGGAGUGUGUGUGUGUGUGUGUGAGAGAGAGAGAGAGAGAGAGAGAGAGAGAGAGAGAGAGAGAGAGAGAGACCACUCAGGGGAGGGGAAGAUAAAGAAUGGACGCUGUGGAUGCGGUGCUUUACUCCAGCAGGCAGGCAGUGGUCAGUAACCCCCUGCUGGACCAGCUGCCCAGUUACCAGUCCCUGCUGUACAGGAGGAAGUCCUCAGGUAGCAGUAAGAGGCGAAGUAUCACAAGGGGGCGCUACAGCUCCAGCGGAAGCUCCUCAGAGGUUGGGCCUAGUGGAGAGGGUGGGGCCAACAGAGGGGGCGGAGUUCAGGACAGGAAGUGGGCGUACGGGAGGGGGGACAGAACGAUUCGUGGAGCCACCGAACACAAACCUGCACGAGAACUUCCAUGGAGCAUGGAGGAGAAACGCAAACACAGGGAGCUGCAGCAGCACAGAGAGCUGGGUGUGUGUUCUCAGUGGAGAAUCAGUACUCGUCACUACCUGAAGAGGAUGAAGGAGGACAGCAUGGUGUUAAUGAACACACUGCAGCUGUGGAGGAGUGACAUACGCCUUAUAGAGGGUAUGUUUGGUACAGGGAUCCUGUCAUACUUCUCGUUCCUGCGCUUCUUGGUUCUGCUGAACAUUGUGAUGUUCCUGUUGAUGUUCAGUUUUGUCAUGUUGCCCAUCAUCGUGUCCAAACACACCUCGUCCUUCAACUCCACUCUGACCACUGGGGGCGCUACAGGGGGUCAGUGCACUGUUUACUCCCACUCCUCCUCUCAGAGGGGACUGGUCAUGUUCCACCAACACAUCAUCGACCUGCUGUCCGGCACUGGCUUCUUGGAACACACCUACCUGUUCUAUGGUUACUAUAAUGUGGAGUCAGUAAACUUCUCAGGUGUCAGUUAUAACCUGCCAUUAGCCUACGUGCUCUGCACCAUCACCUACCUGCUGCUCAGCCUCAUCUGGAUCGUCAAGAGGUCGGCUGCAGGCUUUAAAAGGAAGCUGAUUCAGGAUGAAGAUCGGUUCCAGAGUUUUUGUAAUAAGAUCUUUGCCGGUUGGGAUUUCUGUAUCACCAAUGAGAACGCAGCGCGUUUAAAACACAGCAGCCUGCUGUACGAGCUCAAGACGGACCUGGAGGAGGAGAGGAUCAAGCAGAAGAUGGCCGACCGUUCCCAGAAGGAGAAAUGUCGUAUCUAUUCCCUCAGAGUCGCCCUCAACCUGUUCGUGAUCGCCGUGCUUGCCUGCUGCUUCUUCUGCAUCUACAGCGCCACCAUCUUCUCCCAGCAGGCUCAGGCUAAGGCUCAGAUUCAGCGGAAUAACUUCAUAGUGGAGCUGAUAUUUGAGUACCUGCCCUCCAUCGUCAUCACACUGGCCAACUUCAUCACUCCCAUCAUCUUCAGCAUCAUCAUCAGCUUCGAGGAUUACUCUCCUGCCUUCGAGAUCCGCUUCACACUCCUCAGGUGUGUGUUUAUGCGUUUGGCCAGUAUCGGAGUCCUGCUGUUCUCUCUGUGGUCUCAGAUCACCUCCUGCUCUAGGGACCAAGUGUGUGACUGUGGAUACAACCACACGCUUUACCCUUGCUGGGAGACCCAUGUAGGGCAGGAGAUGUACAAGCUGAUGAUCUUUGAUUUCCUCAUCAUUGGGGCGGUCACCGUCUUCUUCGAGUUUCCCAGGAAGAUCCUGGUGAAUUACUGUGACUGGGGGUUGGUGAAGUGGUUGGGUCAGCAGGAGUUCUCCAUCCCUCAGAAUGUUCUGGAGAUUGUCUAUGGGCAGACCAUCUGCUGGAUCGGCACGUUCUACUGCCCCCUAAUGCCUGCCAUCAACACCAUCAAGUACUUCCUUGUCUUCUACAUCAAGAAGGUGACUCUGGUGAAUAAUUGUCGUCCUGCGUCUCGUCCAUUCCGUGCCAGCAGCUCCAACUUCUUCUUCCUGGCGGUGCUGCUGAUCGGAUUAGCACUUGCUACACUUCCUGUUACAGUCAGCAUUGCACUGAUCCGUAGCUCGGGGGCGUGUGGAGCGUUUAUAAACUACACCACAUCGUGGGAGGCUGUACCUCGCUCAGUGUCUCAGCUGCCCUCAGGCCUGCAGUCUGUCCUUACUGCACUCGCUUCAGAGGCCUGCGCCGUGUCCUUCUUCGUCAUCACCUGUUUGGCAAUGUUCUAUGUGAUUGCAUUAGCUGGGGCUCAUAAACGUAUCAUCAAUCAGCUGAGAGAUCAACUGACCAUGGAAGGGAGAGAUAAGCGAUUUCUGAUGCAGAAAUUGUGUCAGGCUCAGUCUAAUCCCCGUUGCCGUGGGAACCAGAAACCCAGCAGUUCCAGUGUGUACAUGAUUGCCCCGCCCACUGAGACACACGCCUAGCAUACUCUCCUCUCAGCAAACUGAUUGGUUCUGUGUAUAAUGAUCUCUUCUCCUGGGACCUGUCUAUAACACGCUGUCUGAUUGGUUCAGUCCAGAACAGGUUCUCCCCUGACGGUCACCUCUGUAAUGAAUCAGUCAGGUGAUCUGUCGUUAUAUUGAUGUGGAGCUCUUGAUUGGCUUUGACAAAAUCAGCGUGUUUUAAGGACCACUACAUAAUGAGCUUUCAUCUGAUUUCAUUUCUCCUCUGAUUGGUUAAACUGUUACGCAAUGCAUUUUCAUUGGUUGAAUUGUGUGUGUGUGUGUGUGUGUGUGUGUGUGUGUGUGUGUGUGUGUGUGUGUGUGUGUUGAUGCUUAUGCUUUUAUAUCCUGUGUCUUUUUUUCCUGUGUGUUUUUUGGACAUAUUUAACUCAUAAUCAGACAGUGUGAGAAUUAAACAAAUACACUAGUCGUGUGUGUGUGUGUGUGUGUGUGUGUGUGUGUGUGUGUGUGUGUGUUUCAAAGAAUAAAAUAGUUUUUUAUAUUCAGUCAUUGACCAGAAUAAAAACUAAAAUUAAACACA